AAGGCCGGCUUAGAGACAGCUUUACCCCCCAAAACCCUCAAUUUCAAAACCCCGCAAUCUCUCGCACGCAACCACCAGAGGCGAGAGAAACCAUGUCGGGCUUCUCAUUUGGAUCUUCAUCGGCUUCUUCUUCUUCACUAUCCACGCCCGCAUUCUCCCUCUCGAACCCGCCCUCCUCCGGAUUAUCAUUCGGAUCCUCCGCUCCCCCAUUCGGAUCCGCCACCGCCACCUCUUCUUCCCCAUUCGGGUUCGGAUCCUCCACUUCCACUUCCUCUUCUUCUCCAGCUCCUUCCUUCUCCUUCCCCUUCAAUUCCGCUUCGACCCCCGCUGCCUCCUUGUUCGGAACUGCACCGUCUUCGUCCUCUGCAACUUCCGCUCCCUCCCCGUUUGGGACAAUCUCAUCAGCCGCGCCCACCUCAGGUUCGUCCCCAUUCGGUUCAGCUAAUUCAGGGUUUUCCUUGUUCGGGACCGCCUCAUCUGCUACUACUUCGGUCUCCGCCGCGGCAGGUUCCGGUUCGUCCUUGUUCGGAACGACGUCGUCCUCCGCUCCCAAGUCUAGUUCCCUCCUGUUCGGAACGACGUCGUCCUCCGUGGCACCAACCUCUGGUUCACCUCUGUUCGGAACGACGCCGUCCUCUGCGACGCCAACUUCUGGUUCGCCUCUGUUCGGAACGACGUCGUCCUCCGCGGCUCCAACUUCUGGUUCACCUCUAUUCGUAACGACGUCGUCCGUUGCGGCGCCAACUUCUGGUUCGCCUCUGUUUGGAACGACGUCGUCUGUUGCGGCGCCAACUUCUGGUUCUUCUCUGUUCGGAGCGACGUCGUCCUCCGCGGCUCCAACUUCUGGUUCAACUCUAUUCGGAACGACGUCGUCCUCCGCGCUACCAACCUCAGGUUCCUCUCUGUUCGGAACGACGUCGUCCGCUGCGGCGACUUCUGGUUUUGGUUCCACCCUGUUUGGAACAACAGCCUCAUCAGCGAAUACAGGUUUAUCCCCAUUCGGAGCUUCAUCAUCCGCUUCUCCAUUUUCAACUUCGACCACCGUCUUUCCCUCUUCUUCUUCUUCUUCUUUGUCUUCUGCUUCAACCACUCCUGCAUUCCCAUUCGCUUCAAGCUCAGCUCCAAGUUCAACCACAACCUCGCCUUUCUCUGCUACCGCUGGGAUUUCAUUCUCAAAUUCUUCAGCUUUUUCAAAACCCACGACACCCUCCGCUGCUGUAUCUUCCUCUUCAACUACAACAACGACUACGACAACCUCUUCUGCCUUCUCAUUCGUCCCACCCUCUUCCUCAGCUUCUCAGCCUUCAUUUGGGUACACAGCCUCUUCGGCCGCCGCUGCUGUUUCCACCACACCUGCAACAAAGGGUUCUUCUCUGUCCUUUGGAACAUCUACGGCUCCGUUGUUCUCGACGGUCACCACCACGACUGCUUCCACUCCAGCUGCUACUACUACUAGUAGUACUACUACCGCUGCUACACAAGCUUCAUUUUCUUUGCCCGCAUUUGGUGUGAGUUCUUCGGCUGCAACUAGUGCUUCAACAGCAGCAGCAGCAGCCAGCUCCGCCUUUUCUUCGGGCAAUGUAGGAGCUUUUACGGGCUUUGCGUUUAGCAAACCGUCGACGCCUGCUUCGUCCUUGCAAUCACAUUCGACUACUGCUGCGCCUACUUUUGGUGUCUCUUCAACUUCUGCAGCUGCAACAACUCCCAGUUUGAGCACUACUGGUGCGCAGACAUCAUCAUCUCUUAUUGUGUCCUCCAGUAGUGGGACAACUUCAAGUGUCAGCACUACAGUAUCUACUGCACCAAAAUUACCGUCUGAGAUCACAGGGAAGACUGUUGAAGAGAUCAUCAAGGAGUGGAAUUCUGAACUACAAGAGCGUACUGGAAAGUUCCGAAAGCAGGCUAACGCGAUAGCUGAGUGGGACCGGAGAAUUUUGCAGAAUCGUGAUGUACUUCUUAGGCUCGAGAUUGAAGUGGCAAAAGUGGUUGAGACCCAAACUAACUUGGAGCGGCAACUGGAGUUAAUUGAGACUCAUCAACAAGAGGUUGAUAUGGCUUUGCAAAGUAUGGAAGAAGAAGCUGAGCGUAUUUACAAGGAUGAGCGUGGAUUGCUUCUUGAUGAUGAAGCUGCUUCCACAAGAGAUGCAAUGUACGAGCAGUCUGAAUUUAUAGAGAGGGAAUUAGAGCAGAUGACAGAACAGAUCAAAUCAAUUAUUCAGACCCUAAAUUCCAACCAGGGAGGAGAACUUGAUGCAAUUGAUGGGAUGACACCACUAGAUGUAGUAGUCCGGAUUUUAAACAAUCAACUAAGUUCUUUAAUGUGGAUUGAUGAGAAGGCAGGGGAAUUUUCUUCUCGCAUUCAGAAACUCGCCAGCCAAGGUUCGACCGCAGAUCGUGAAUUGAUGGGUCCAAAGUUGUGGAGGUCCUAACCUCCAGAAUUGUAAACUACCUCAAUAUUUUAGAAACCUGCUUCUACCAGGUAAGGAUUGGUUAUUGCAGAGGAAAAGGUUUCGUUACACAACUCAUUCGGUUUUUUAGGCAAUAGCCUGCAUUUGCAGUGCCUAUGAAUGUUGUUAUUUGUAAGAACUGAUAUUCUGUCUCUAAUAACAUUUUUGGGAUGUUUUUAGCAGUGGAAUUCUGUAGAAAAAGGUAGAGUGUCUGUAGCCAUCUGUUGAAAUAUUCCCCUGUUUGAAUCUGCCAGUAAAAAAUGCAGAUUAUUCUAACAUGAACCCUACCCUCAUUAAAUGGACGACCAUGACUAUUGUUUCAUGUGUAAAUGUAUAUGUUUCUUUGAAUUA